GUAGACCAGUUCUCAUCUUUCACAUGAAUAUAUCCUUUUCAUGCAACACUCAUAAAUCCUUUCUUACAAGCAAUGGCUUCAUUUUAAUUCUAACUCUCAAAAACUCCCUUUUUUUCAUUCAAACAUGGAGAAUAAUAAACUCUCCAUCAUCCUACUAACAACCCUACUCUUUUUUUUCUCCUCUCUUCCUUUAUCUAUCUCCCAAACCCAAACUCAAACCAACGUCUCCUCAUUAUGCAACGGCAUUUUCUUACAGUACAGAUACACUGAAGGCGAGCAACUACCCCCGAACAUCACCACCUCGGAUGCAACGCAGCAGCCUUACAGAUUUCAAUCAACGCUAUACAUACAAAACAAUGGGUUGCAAGAGUUGAGGUCGUGGCGUGCUUUUGUUGGGUUUCAGCAUGGUGAGCUUUUGGUGUCAGCAUCUAAUGCUGUGCUUCUUGAUGGUGCUCCUUUGCCAGCUAAUGUUUCGAAUGGCACCGUCUUUAGCGGCUUUCCGGUGCCGGACUUGAGGACUGCUGUUGAGACAGCCGGUGAUUUGACUCAGAUGAGUGCCCUAGUUGAGUUGGUGGGUACUGAGUUUGGUGUUCCUCCAGAAGAGUUUCCUAUGCCUACUAAUAUUAGCCUUGCUAAUGAUGGUUUUAUCUGCCUUAAUCAGACUACGCAAGGGAGUAAUAUGUAUACAUGCUGCACGGAAGAUCCUGAUGCCAGAUCAACCAUAAAUGCAACGGAACAAUUUCUACCUCGGCAAAAUGGUGAUUUGAGCAUAAUGUAUGAUGUCAUCUCAGCAUUUGAAUCAAAUUACUGGGCUCAAGUUACGAUUACAAAUCAAAAUCCAACAGGGCGGCUAGAUAAUUGGCAAUUAAGCUGGCAAUGGAUGAGAAAUGAGUUCAUCUAUGCCAUGCGAGGCGCUAGCCCUUACAAAGUGGAUACCUCUGAUUGCAUCUUUGGCGAUGCAGCAACCUUCUACCAAAACCUGGACCUCUCUAGAGCCAUAAGUUGCGAGCCAGAGCAGACGAUCAUAGACCUACCACCGGCUUUUGCAGAUAAUCCUACCUUAGGUUCCAUCCCUUAUUGUUGUCGAAAUGGUACACUUUUGCCUUCCAACAUCGAUCCAAGCAUGUCCAUUUCAGCCUUUCAAAUGCAGGUGUACAAGAUGCCACCUGACCUUAAUGUUACUACAUUUAAUCCACCACAAAAUUGGAGGAUCAACGGGACAUUUAAUCAAGACUACCAAUGUGGAAAUCCGAUUAGAGUGAGUCCGAGCCUCCUCCCUAACCCGAAUGGCCUCCCAGUGGAUUCAGAGGCAAUUGCAACCUGGCAAGUGGUAUGUAACAAGACUCGAAUAACUAGCGCAAGACCUCCAAAAUGUUGCGUGUCUUUCUCUUCUUUCUUCCAUGAAUCUGUUAUUCCUUGUAAUACAUGUGCUUGUGGAUGCCCUAACCCUGGACAAGCACAAGAACAAGCUUGCAAUGCUAGUGCGGACGCAAUCCCCUUACCAUCCUACGCACUUUUGACACCAUAUGAGAAUCGGACUGCAAUCACCACAGAGUAUGCUAGAUUGAACCAUAUACCCAUAGCUAAUAACCUCUUACCUUGUGGUGAUAACUGUGGAAUCACUAUAAAUUGGCAUUUAUUAUCUGAUUAUCGCGAUGGUUGGACCUCUAGGAUUACUAUUUUCAAUUGGGAAGAUACUAAUUACUCUGAAUGGUUUGUGGCCGCAGAACUUGAUAGGGCCAUAGAAGGGCUAGAUAGGGUUUAUUCCUUCAAUGGAACUGCUAUGACCGAGGACAAUGGAACUAUUUUCAUGCAUGGUUUUCCAAGUGAAAAUGAUUACCUUCUGGGAAUAGUUAACGGGUCUAACCCACGGAGAGACCCUAGACGUCCAGGUACAUUACAAUCAGUGCUUUUAUUUGACAAGAGAAGAACACCAGGGAUUAAUGUGGCUCGUGGGGAUGGUUUUCCUACAAAAUUCAUCUUUAAUGGCGAGGAAUGUUCUCUUCCUACAACAUUACCAAUAAGCUCCACUACCAUGCUCACUUUAGCUACUAGCAUGUAUAGCUUGCUUAUAGUAACUAUAGUUUUUAUCCUUAUAUAAUUGUAGCUUUUGCAGGAUCUUAUAUUAUUUGGAUUUUUGGGUACAUGCAUAAGAGAAAUAGAGAAUAUCAUGAUUUUGACAGUACAUUUUCUGCAAUGUAUAAAAACUUGGUACUUGGGAGAUAUUUUUUUUUUAAUUGAGGAAUGUUGAUGACAUGAUCAUUUGUAUAUAAACUGAAAACAUAAUUGAUAUAAGUAGAGAAUACUUUUGAUGGUUAA